GCCAGCAGCCCUUGGUGCUGCACGUCUCCAAGGCUGCCAAAAGCGCCAGCAUGAAGGCCACCGGCCUCCUCGGCCGCAUUACGGAGUUCCAGCGCCAAGGCCGGGACCUGGGGCACCUCCUGCCGUAUGCCCAAAAGUGGAACGCCGCGGACAUCACUCCGGCGACCCGCGGCAUGGGCAAGGAUCGGCUGCCGGCACCUGAUCCUGUCGGGGAUCGGUGUUCUGAGGAGCACUUCAUGCGGCUCCGGGCUGCCGUAAAAGAGCUUGACAGCGCGUGGUACGAUUCCACGAACAAUCUGACGGUCACCGCUGACACUCGGAAGGCCCUCUUCGAGGAGCUUUUAUGGGAGCACCGGGAGCUCGCUGAGGCACAUGACAAGUGCCAAGUGAUCCCGGAAGCUUCCAUCGAUGCUCUCAAGGAGCAGCUCGCCACGGCCCAACGGGAGAAGGAUGAGCUCAGCCGGCAGCACCAGGAGGAGCUAAACGCCCUCAAGACCAGCUACCAGGAGCUCAAGUCUCAGUUGAUUCAGCUGGGGCUUGACCAUGAGGUCGUCGUCUUCAUCCUCCUCUCCACGAUCAACAGCGAGAUGGCGCAGCUCCGCCGCGUCCUCGGCGAGGGCAAGUCCAUCUGCAUCCGCGGCCAGUAG